UUAGAACGAACAUAACCUAAAAGGUAAAGAAAGGAAAAGAAAAACAAGGAAAGAAAAUUCGAUUUUCUGGCAAUUCCAAAACUCAGAAUUAAUUCAUAGUGGCGAUUGUUGAUUAUUCUAAUUUUAUUUUUAUUGAGAUUUUCCAAAAUGGGAAGCUGGCAGUUGGAAGUUGCAAGAAUGUUCCUCUACAUGGCUUUCCCUGUAGCCUGUUUCCACUACUUUAACCAACCAGAAAAUUUCGAGGAGUUUGUUAUUAAUGUGCGCAAGGAAAUGCUCCAUGCCGAAACUCAAGAGAGUCGUGAUGAAUUGAAGAAAUUUUUCGAAGAGCACGCUCGAGCAGAAAAUUUGAAGAAGCUGGAAGCCAUGGAAGCCAGCGAAAAAAAGUUCAAAGAACUAAAGUCCAAAAACACCUAACAGAAUUUACCCACGAGAGCAAUAACGUUUGUAAAUGCAGAAUCAAUUUAUUCUCUCUGAAAUUCCAAGACGCUAUUCAUUUUUAAGUAAAAAAGAGUAUAAUAUACUUGCUAAACAUAAUAUAUGAGUGAUGUUUCCUUCAGUGAGAAAAACUUAGAAUAUAAAAAAUAAAUGUUUAUUAAAAUA